CGAGUUUAAUGACGCGAUGGAAUGAAAGAGAAAGUGAAAGUCUCAAAUCGCUUAUUCACUCUCAACUCGACGCACUUCUCAACACAUUCGACCUGCAGCAUCGCGAAUUUGACUGGAUUGAGCUGCUAAAGUCACUAAAGUGUGUUUAUAAUCAUGUCUCGAGGUUCAAAUGCUGGGUUUGAUCGACACAUCACCAUAUUCUCACCUGAGGGCCGAUUAUAUCAAGUCGAAUAUGCCUUCAAAGCCAUCACUCAGAGCGGCCUGACCUCGGUGGGCAUCAGAGGGACGGACUGUGCGGUGGUCGUCACACAGAAGAAAGUUGCGGACAAACUCUUGGAUGCAUCGACAAUGACAAACAUGUUCCGUCUCACUCCACGGAUUGGAUGCGUCAUGACUGGACAUUACGCUGACAGCCGUUCUCAGGUUCAUCGCGCUCGUGUGGAGGCCGGCGAGUGGAAGUAUAAGUUCGGUUACGACAUCACAGCGGACAUGUUGUGUCGGCGUAUCGCGGAUCUCUCGCAGGUUUACACGCAGAACGCAGAGAUGAGGCCGCUCGGCUGCUGCAUGAUGCUGAUCGCCAUGGACCCUCAGAUGGGACCCAUGCUCUACAAAUGCGACCCGGCCGGGUAUUUCUGCGGGUUCAGGGCCACGAGCGUCGGCACCAAACACACGGAGGCCAACAGCUAUCUGGAGAAGAAGCUGAAGAAACAGCCUGAGCUGACGUUCAGCAGGACCGUAGAGAUGGCGAUCUCGUGUUUGUCUACUGUGCUUUCCAUGGACUUCAAAAGCACUGAGCUGGAAGUGGCUGUUGUGACCAAGGAAAACCCUAAAUUCAGGACUCUGACAGAAAAAGAGAUCGAGGAUCAUCUGAUAGCGAUAUCAGAGAGAGAAUAACCUUCAGGUUUCCACGUUUUUAUAGAAUCCACUGAAAUGAAGCGCCUUCAUCUGGCGUUUGCUCGUUUCUCAGCUCAUAGUUUUACACUGAAUUUGAUACAGAUUAUAUUUGGUGUCUGUCACUUGGUGAAAGACAAACUCUCAGUAUGUAAGCCACCAGACAGUCAAAUAAUUCUCAAAUAAACAUGGUUUUGUCAGUCUAA